AUGGGUCUGAGUAGUUCUUCUUUUGAGUCCAAGUUGCACUUCCGAGUACUGUUAGUCAACGACGGGCUCCCGUUAUCUCACACCGGGCUCCGAUGCGGGGACGCCACCAAAGCAUUGCUUUGCGACAUCUUUGUUCUCGAGGAGAGUGCCACCGACGAGGCUCAAGUCCUGGACGUCCUCGGGGCCUGCACGGACACCGACAAGUUGUCUGACAUCGUUCUUGACUGCUUAGAGAAGGCCAUUGUAUCUGGCCAGAUAUCUGAACUACAAUCUGCCGUAGACCAGCUAGCCCACCAUGUCCUGGCCUGUCUGGUGGACUCCAUCCCUGAAGCCUUUAAACUUCUCCAGUUGGCACAGCUCACGACGAGAUCCUGGUCUACGUUCAAAAGUGCAUCGAGGACGUUUGCGAAAUAG